AUGUUCUCACGAGCUUCCUCCAACACUCCCCACACCCCGAAGUUACGAGCAUCUUGUGAUACUUGUCUUCUUGCAAAGGUCAAAUGCAGCAAAGCUUUCCCGAUGUGUUCUCGAUGCCUCGCCUUCGGAGCAGAGUGCAAGUACAGUCCAUCCUCACGAGCUGGCAAACCAAAGUCUGAUGGCAAGGGGAGUCGGCCUUCCGUAUCAAAGCACAAGUCAAUCUCCGAAGACUCUAAGGUCUCCAGCACUGCAGUUUAUUUACCGCCACCCCUAAACAUCGAAGCGAAAGAACCAACUUCAUACUUCCCAGAAACGGACUGGACGACAUCACCGACCUCUAACGUUGACGGACAAGAGCAUCGGCAUUUGAUGUUACCUCCACUCAUACAUGGCCAGAGUUCGUCCGAGUCAAACAGCUCGAGGGGUAGCAUCGAUACACCCGACCCAUAUCUAUAUUACACACAUGCAUCACCUGCAUAUAUCACUUCACCGUACGUCGACAACAACCACCACCAGCAGCGGCACGAAAGCAUGACAGAUGGAUCAGCCACCCCAUCUGCUCUCUGGUUUGACCAAACAGAGUCUUUCCCAUUUUCAACAUCUGAUCCUUGCGAUCGUCAAUACCUCCCAAUGCCGAACCUCUUCACGGAUGAAUGUUUGGCCAGAACAACAACUUGCAGCUGUUUCAACGGGUGUCUCCAAGCACUUCAAACACUACACAACUUCAACGCAGUACAGCCUGCUUCCUCUUUCGAUAUUGUUUUGACAGUCAACCAGAAAGCUAUGGAGACAUGCACAACAACACUGAACUGUCCCGUCUGCAACUCUAGAACUGGCUCCAGCCUCCGGACCAUGCUUCUGGGGACCAUUCUCGGGAGAAUUAUCUUGAUUUACCAAGGUGCAUCGAAAGAUUACUUUGGGCCUGCAUCUGGAUCUGGUAGCCAACCACUCCCGCUAACCCUCGGUGUUUACCGAGUUGCGAGCGAAGACAUCAGAUGGAUGCAGCUAGUUAUUAUUCUACGAGAUCUGAAGAAGUUCAAGGCUUUGCUUAUUAGAUUUCAAGAGACGUCAAAAGGAAGUGAGGCAAAAGAGGAUAUAGAGAUUCAUGGUGCGGUUACGAAUCAUUUGUAUCAGAGUUUACACCUUACGUACGAGGCUUUGAAGAAACACAAGAGUUUUGCAUGGGGGCAAGUGGAUUGAAG